CUGAGAUUGUGAGAGUGCUGAUGGUUCCUGGGACUUUGAGUGUGGAACGGGAGCUGUGACGAUUUGUUAUUUUUAAAGAUUGAGCUGAUGUUGAAUGUCAAAAGUCAGCAUCCUUGAAGAUGGCUUCUGGACAUAUAAUAGAAACUGCAGCCCUGGGGAGGCCGCUUCAGCUGGGAAUGCUGUACGACUGCAGGAGUGAUUCAAUAGUACCAGGAAUAACACUUUGGGAUCAACAACAGCUGCAGCACAACAAAGAUGUUAGACCGCAACAUAACACAGAGUUCACAGUUGCAACUUCAGACACAAUUGAGGAAAAAUCUAAACAACUGAAAGUUAAUGGAGAACUGAAACUGAGUCUUUUGUGUGGGAAUGUCAGUGUUAGUGGUGCAGCCAGAUAUUUCAAUGAUACUAAAAAGUCAUUUAUACAACAAAGGAUGACGCUGCAUUAUAAGACAAUCACCAGAUUCGAGCAGUUGACUAUGAAACAUCUGGCACAAGGACAAAUCGAUCACCAUGAGCUGUUUGAUCAUGAUAUGGCAACACAUGUGGUUGUAGCAGUUUUGUAUGGAGCAGAUGCCUACUUUGUAUUUGAUCAAGAGAAGAAUUUGUCUGAUGAGACAAAAGAUGUACAGGGAGAUGUAAAAAUCGCUGCUGACAAGCUAAAGUUCCUUUGUUUUGCUGGGGCACAGGUAGAGUUAAACAUGAAUGAACAUGAAAAGGCUGCAGUAAAACAAAUGAAGUGUACAUUUUAUGGUGAUUUCAAGCUGUCCUCAAAUCCAACAACGUUUGAAGAUGCUGUGAAGGUUUAUAAUGAUCUUCCAAAGAUGCUUGGAGAAAAUGGAGAACAUGCAGUUCCAGUUAAAGUUUGGCUUUAUCCUCUGGAUAAACUGGACUCAAGAGCAGCCAAACUUCAAAGAAACAUCUCUACAGAUCUAAUUAGAGCUGUGGAAUCGGUAAUUGAGGAUUUAAAUGUCACAUCAAUGAGAUGUGGUGACCUGAUGGAAGACACAGUGGCAAAAACCUUUGUCACAUUUCACAAUCGAGUUCAGGACUUUCAGAAAUUCUGCACUGAGUAUAAACAAGAUUUCAUGAUCAAACUGCGGUCCAUCCUGCCAGAAAUCCGAGGAGGUAAAAUAGAUAUAAAAGACUUAAGUGAACUUCUAGAAGCCCACGAGAACUCUCCUUUUAGAAGCCGUGAUGUCCAGCAGUGGAUAACAAUGAAAGAAAAAAAAUCUAACCAAAUAAAAUCACUGCUAAAGCAGCUCAAAAAACUUGGAGCAGAAGUGAAUGCUGACAGAGACAAAUAUCUGUUAGACUUGAAUGUAGAGAAUUUGGUUUCUUACACUUUUACCUGUCUUCAGCACCCAGAGCCUCUCCUGACCCAACAAGAGAUCUACCUGAAACCUUCAACAGUAAAAAAACCCAGUGAAAAUACACUCAGUCUAGAUCUUCAGGAAAAACCAUGGACCCUUGAGGAGCUCAUGUGCAUGAAGAAUAAUCUGAAGAUUUUUAAGGAUUUGAUCAAUUUAAAUAAAAGUAAUAAAAACACAAGGUUUAUUGUUGAGAGUGUGCCUCAAACACCAGAUAAACCUGGCUCCUGUGUUCUAAUAUAUGAAAAUGGAGGCAGUGAAGUUACCUGUUUUGUUCCUCCAUCAAAACCAAAACCUCCAACUGUUGAAUAUGUCACAGAUAACAGCAUAAAGCUAAAGAUGAGCUCUUUGUGUGCUGCUACACUGAAGAUGCAACUACUUCACAAAAUGAAACAAGAGAAUAGCUGGAAAUCUCAGACUGUGACUGAUGAGAGUGUUACACUGACAAAUCUUAAUGCAGGCACUGAUUAUGAAAUAAAAUGUGCCGCAGUAGGAAAAAUUGACUACAAGGUUGAAAGUGAUGUAACUGUAACAACUACUACAGGCUCUGUGAUAAAAGGACAUGGAGCUAAAAGUCACCAGGCGCCUGUAUCGCAGAGUCUAACUGGAGCUGGUAGAUCUUUAGAUGCCUCAGGAUUCUCAGAGUUGACCUCAUCCAUUUGGAUGUCGAAAUUCUUCCUCGCACAGAAGACGAUCGGAGCUGGUACAAUUUCUGGAUGCCUCGGGAUGGAUGUAAAGUUUAAGCUGAUUUUAUUUGGAAAAACACUGAAUUCCCACAAGGACUUUAUAACUCGUCUUAAACAACGAGUUGACCUGAAGGAGGUGAAUACAGAGGAUGAGUGUGAUUUUAUUCUGGGUUUCUGCCCAAUUGUGUCACGAGCUGGAACUGACAUUGAUACAGCAAUGAAAUGUCUACACAAUAUUUCAGACACCAAACCUGUAGUCCUGGUGGUGCUCCAUCACACAUAUGAUCCAGAGUGUGUUGUUCCAGACAGCAUCAAAUGUGUAAACAGAAAGAAUAUGAUCGCAGUCGACUGUCUGUUCCAUGAAGAUAAAGGAUUACUGCAGUGUCUGAAGAAUAAUGAAUCACUGGAAAAAACUUUACGAUAUCUGAAGGAAUAUAUAAACUGUAAAAACAUGAAAAGGCAAAAGGAAGGUGAAAGGUCAGGGGAAAGCGAAAAAUUUCAACCUGAAAGAAAUAAACAACUGAACCCAGAACACAUCGACACUGACAAUGUGGAGGACAUGGAGCAAAGAAAUGAGAGUCAGGAAAAAAUAAUGAGACAGAAUUUAAACAGAUUAAAAGAACCUCUGACAGAAAAUACACAAACACUUCAGAAGAAGGACAAGACAUUGGAAGAGAAGGAGAAACAGCUCAAACAGACAAGAGCUGAACUGGACAAAACAAUUAAGGUGUUAGAAGACAGUCAGCAACACGUGGAGGAGAAAAACACACAACUAGAGAAUCUGAACAAACUGCUGAAGGAGAAAGACAGACUUCUGACAGAAGGUCCUAAGAUCCUGGAACCGAAGGGCAAACAAUUAAAACAGGAGAAGAAACAAGAAGAAGAAGAAGAAGAAGCAAACACAGGGAAUGGAAAAUUCCACAAGACAAAAUGUGGAAUUGGAACACCAACAUCAAAAGUCAGCAAGGGAAUAAAAAGAGACUUGAAAAACAAUGACCAUCUCCCCCAAGAAAAAGGCACCAUAUCUAAAGCUACAAAUAGUGAAUUAGAGAAAAAUAGAUCUUCAUAUGAGGAACAUCAGCAGACGGUUCUGGAUUAUACACAGAUACAGGAAUCACAACCAGAAGUGGAGGAAAGAGAGAUUAAAAAUGUGGAGAAGAAUAAAGAAUUAAUUGAGGAAGAAUCAGAUGAGUCGAGGCAUCGAGCUGAAAGAGAAAGAAACUGUUCAAGAUGUACAGAGUUAUUCAAACAAUCUUCAUAAUGCAGAUGCAAUGUUAAUAGACAGUAAAGAAUAACAUAAGGAUGUUACUGAAAACCAACAGUCUGGUGUGGAAGAGUCUAAUCCAACUGAGCCUGAGAGACAGGAAGAGGAAAGUGAUAAACAACAUGAGGAGAAAGACAGACCUCAGUUAGGCAAAACAACCACAGAAGUGUAGGAGACACCGGUGGAGAAGAAAGAGAGUGAAAGACAACGAAACAGGUUAAGAAACUGAAAAAGACAUGGAGCAGGUUUAAGAAAAAUACAUACUAUAAAAAAGUAACUGAUUCAUCCAAACAAAACAAGAUCAUCAGUUUAUUAGUCUUGCUUCCAUUUCUAUGUAACUACAGUACUGUAUGGUUGAUCAUUAAUAUAUGGUUGAUAUUAUACCUGAAGGUAGAUAAAUUAAGCUUAGAUAAAUUUAGAUAAAUAAGAUAUACAGGGUUUCUAUACAGAGAUACAGGGUUUCUAACAUAAGAUAUAUCCAGAGCUAUUUUAAUUUUUAUCCAUAUGUGUUAAUCACUGCAUCAUGAAAAUG